UCCCUCCCUCCUUCCCCCCUUCUCCCUCUCUCUUUCUUUCCCUUUCAGUGGGAGAGCUUGCGAGUCCAACUUUGAAUAUUUGCCUAUUAGGAUCUUGUUGUUUCUUUCUGCAAGUUCUCGCUUCUUCUCUGUCAUUUUCCCUGAUUUUGUUUUUUCCUUUACAGAGAUGGCUAGAAUUCCCAUCUUCUUGGCGGGGCUUCUUCUCUUAUGGGGAGCCUUUGCAGAAGCAGAAUACAUAAAAUAUAAAGAUCCAAAGCAACCCAUAAAUGCUCGAAUAAAGGACUUGAUGAAAAGGAUGACACUAGAGGAAAAAAUUGGCCAGAUGACUCAGAUUGAACGCAGCGUUGCAUCUGCUGAAGUGAUGAAGAAGUACUUCAUUGGGAGUGUAUUGAGUGGAGGAGGUAGUGUUCCAGUUAAACAGGCUUCUGCAGAAACUUGGAUUAAAAUGGUGAAUGAUUUUCAGAAAGGUUCUUUAUCAACCCGACUUGGAAUUCCUAUGAUUUAUGGAAUUGAUGCUGUUCAUGGCCACAACAAUGUCUACAAGGCAACCAUUUUUCCUCAUAAUGUUGGACUUGGCGCCACCAGGGACCCUGAACUUGUCAAGAGGAUUGGGGCUGCAACAGCACUUGAAGUUAGAGCGACAGGCAUUCCUUAUGUUUUUGCACCUUGUAUUGCGGUUUGUAGAGAUCCAAGAUGGGGUCGAUGCUACGAAAGCUUCAGUGAAGAUCCUAAGGUCGUUCAAGCAAUGACUGAGAUAGUACCUGGCUUACAGGGAGAAAUCCCUGCUGGAUCUAGAAAGGGUGUUCCCUUCGUUGCUGGGAAAACAAAAGUUGCUGCUUGCACCAAGCACUAUGUUGGUGAUGGAGGAACGACAGAUGGGAUUAAUGAGAAUAAUACAGUAAUAAGCAGACAUGGUUUGCUUAGCAUCCACAUGGCUGGUUACUACACCUCUAUCAUCAAAGGGGUGUCUACUGUUAUGGUCUCCUACUCUAGCUGGAAUGGUGUUAAAAUGCAUACUAACCGCGAUUUGAUCACUGGCUUUCUCAAAAACACUCUUCGCUUCAGGGGUUUUGUCAUCUCAGAUUGGCAGGGAAUUGACAGGAUCACCUCUCCACCCCAUGCUAACUACACAUAUUCCAUCCAUGCUGGAAUCUCUGCUGGAAUUGACAUGAUCAUGGUUCCAUUCAACUACACAGAAUUUAUAGAUGGCCUAACAGACCAGGUGAAGAAGGGCAUUAUUCCAAUGAGCCGAAUUGAUGAUGCAGUAAAGAGAAUUUUGAGAGUAAAGUUCAUGAUGGGUAUAUUUGAGAACCCAAUUGCAGAUGAGAGUCUAGUCAACCAGCUUGGAAGUCAGGAACACAGAGAACUGGCUAGGGAAGCUGUAAGGAAAUCACUUGUGCUGCUAAAGAAUGGUGAAUCUGCUGAUAAACCAUUGUUACCCCUUCCCAAGAAAGCUUCAAAAAUACUUGUCGCUGGCAGCCACGCGGACAAUCUAGGCUAUCAGUGUGGUGGAUGGACAAUUGAGUGGCAAGGACUCGGUGGAAACAACCUCACAAGUGGUACCACAAUCCUGACAGCCAUAAAAAAUACUGUUGAUCCUAGCACCGAAGUUGUGUACAAGGAAAACCCUGAUUCACAAUUUGUCAAGUCUGGCGAGUUCUCCUAUGCUAUAGUUGUAGUAGGAGAACACCCAUAUGCAGAAACACAAGGUGACAGCAUGAAUCUGACAAUAGCUGAACCUGGUCCGAGCACCAUUCCGAAUGUGUGUGGAACUAUCAAAUGUGUUGUUGUUAUUGUCUCUGGGCGUCCUGUAGUAAUCCAACCAUAUAUGAAGUUGAUGAAUGCUCUUGUUGCUGCUUGGCUUCCUGGAACUGAAGGCCAGGGUAUUGCUGAUGUUCUAUUUGGUGACUAUGGUUUCACCGGCAAGCUUUCCCGUACAUGGUUCAAGACUGUUGAUCAGCUGCCUAUGAAUGUUGGAGAUCGAUACUACGACCCUCUUUUCCCAUUUGGAUUUGGCCUCACCACCCAACCUAUCAAGCCUUAGCUUAGAUGCUGAUGCGAAGGUGCUAUUCAAAUGAGAAGAACAGCAGCGUUUUAACAAGAAGGAUAAAGGGAUGCUGACGGUACUUUUUGAAAAGUUAAGAGUAGGCAGUCUUCUUCUUCAAUGAACUACUCUGAUUCUCUGUAACUCUGAAUUAUGGAAUGAAAUAAAACAUCUCCUUUUCACAUUAA